CUAGGAAGUCUAUGGGAGAGAUGCAUGCCUGCAGAGCUGGCCACAGUCCUGGAAUGUCCUCUUAAAGUCACGGCCUUUCUACCUUCUUAAAAGAUUGUCCCGGGCUAGUGUUCUCCUCCAAGAUCUUCUUGGGAGAGCGCACAGAAUCCAUGACCAUGACGUUCUCUCAGACCUGGUGAUGGCUUUCCUUUUCUUUUACGCACUGCUGCAUGAGAAAAGGGAACUCAUAAGUGAUGUUAGUCUUCCUCGGUGUGGCUGCGCUGUAUUCUUCCACCCAGCACGAGUUGAACGUCUCCAAACAUGAACAUUCCGGGUCAUUCAUCUUGAUGGGAAAACUCUGCUGGAUGAUACUGUUGGACAUGAUACUGGACUCCUGAAAUGGAUGAUGGACGAGCAGCCCAUUCAUGCAUCUCUCUCCGCAACGGAUCUGACAUGCCAUGUUUGGGGAGGCGGGAUUGUCUUCUCAUCCACCAAUCUGCAUCCACUUCCCCCUCAUCCCCCCCCUCUAAGCCUGUAAUUAGGGGGAGGGAGGCGGGCUCCAGGAGACUCAAAACACUUCCCCGCGUUGCAGCCUAACUUCUUCCAAACUGUCCCGGGACACUGAGCUGCGCCGCUCCCGCUCCCCCCUCAGCUUCCUUUAGGAUUUAGUUUCUCAGGGAUGGCCGCAUCUAUUCUGGAGGUAGGGAAUCUAAUUGAAGAAGCACGCUAUGGCUCCAGUCCUCUGGCUAUGCUAACUGCUACCUGUAACAAGUUCGGCAGCACCAGCCCAGUCAGGGACUCUGCGACACCCGGUAAGAACAGCAGCACCACGCCACUUAAGAAGCCCUACAACAUGACCUCCGACCUUCAGACAGCCAAGAACGCGCGCACUGCAGACGGCAGCAGCCUGGCAGACUCCUACAGCGGCUCCUUCACCACAGCUGGAGGCGGCGGACUGCUCACCCCGACUGGAAGCCCCCCUCCUACCACCGGAGGCUACACUACAGAGUAUAACCCUUUCUCCCACUCCUUCCAGACGUCUGUCUCCCAGGACCAGUCCUUGUUAGUGUCCAAAAGCCACGCCACGGCGGACUGCCUCACCAGCGUCUAUACCUCGCUAGAUAUGACACACCCUUACGGCUCCUGGUACAAAGCCGGCAUCCAUCCAGGGAUCACCACCGCCCCAGCAAACGCCACGUCUUCUUGGUGGGACGUCCAUCCCAACUCCAACUGGCUGUCAGCGACCCAGCCUCAAUCGGACGCAGGUCUCCAAGCCUCCCUACAGCCUGUGGCGCCUCAGGCUUCCCUUAGCCCACAGUUGCCCAGCUACAGCACCGAUUUCACCCCCUUAAACCCAGCUCCCUACCCUUCGGUGGGUCUGGGCUCCUCCUCACACCUUCUCCAGCCCUCCCAGCACAUGCUGCCCCAGGACAUGUACAAGCCCAAGCCUGUGCAAGGCGCAGGGCUAAUUGAGAGUCCCAUGGGCUUAAAGCCAGCAAGGGGAUCAGGAGGCUAUAGCGCAGGUACGACGCCCUCAAGGUCCUCCUGCGACUGCCCCAACUGCCAGGAGCUGGAGAGACUGGGGGCCUCGGCCGCGUCUCUGAGGAAGAAGCCGGUCCACAGCUGCCACAUCCCAGGCUGUGGGAAGGUCUAUGGCAAGGCCUCCCACCUGAAGGCCCACCUGCGCUGGCACACGGGCGAGAGGCCCUUUGUGUGCAACUGGCUCUUCUGCGGGAAGCGCUUCACCCGCUCAGACGAACUGGAGAGACACGUGCGCACCCACACGCGUGAGAAGAAGUUCACCUGCCUGCUGUGCAACAAGCGCUUCACCCGCAGCGACCACCUCUCCAAGCACCAGAAGACCCACGCAGACUCUGCGCUGCAGGGGAAAGCCGUGGCCGCGGAUGGAGAUGCCGACCACCGGAACGAGGAGACAACGGAGCUCAACGUUGGCGCCGGCAAUCCCGUCGCUGACCCAAUCGCCAAUGGAGACGAGAAGACGGGGGCGCCCGCUGGAGUGGAAAACAGCAGCGGACUGUUGGAGAUCUGACAGCUUUUUAGAAACGUGCUGGCUUCAAAACAAAACUGUUUUAUUUUAAAUGCAGUAAAUGUCUGAGCACGCUACAGACAACAAUCAUUUCAUUUCCCCUUGCCUGGACUGUAACCAAGUAUCUUCAUGUAAAUAGAAGCCUCGCAAGAAAACAUUUACAGCAACACACUGACACAUUGUGCACAAAAUGCACACACACACACACACACACACACACACAGGCAUUAAGUGCGAGCAAGCAUGCACGCAAGCACGAAACAAGAACGUGCACUCGCACAUACAACACAUCCACGUUUUUGAAGCCAACACACAUUUUUUGCCUUUCAAAUGAGACCAACCACUGGGGGAAAUUGAAUCUGCACAGGCAGAAGGAAAAGCGCUUCGAAGCCACAAAAGGAAAGUCGUUUCAGAGCGAGACUUUUGGUCAGGACGGCGGGCUCUGAUGGAGCAUCGCAUGCCUCGGCGCAGAGAUCUGAUUUGCAGCUGUACUUUGAUACUUUUAGACACUCUUGAAGCAAUCAAUGUGCAGUCUUGCCAACAAUAUUUGCCAUGUAACAGUGUAUGUUUGCUUUUUACCAUGCGUAAUUUAACUUCUUAUCAUCUAAUUUAUGUCUUAAAUUAUAAACAUUGGAGAUUAUCUUGCACCUGGCAGGAAAAUGUAACGCCUGCGGAAGGCAAGGUAAAUUAGCAUUUACCAUUAAUUUAAGACCUACUUUUUUUCUAUUUAUUAGUUAUAAGAAGGAGUUUGGAAGUUGAAGAUUUAUUUAUAGAUCUUGACAUUUAGAUGUGUGUAAACUAUUUCUAUGUAUUUUUUUUAAUUGUGAAGUCUUCCACACCGUACAUUGUAAAGAUGAAUUAAGGGCUUCCCCCGAUAUAAUUACAACAUUUUAGGUGUAUUUUGUAUGUCAUUUCUAUAUGAACUGUAAGCUUCCCUGUCAGGAGAAGAGUUUAUGGAAUUUCAUAGCAGAUGUGAAAUAACAGUCUUUGCUUUUUGUAUGUGAACUAAGUGUAAAUAGUGAAGCGCACGGUGGUGUACGUGUUGGACUUGUGAUGAAUUAUGGUGCUUUUAAAAAGUAAAGACAUUUCAAAGCAUUUUUUUUUUCUUACCUAAUUUCAUGUUUUUAGGCUUGCAUGUGGUUCGGUCCUCUGGGCCAAACCAAAAAAAAACAAAAAGAA